GCCAUAGAGCAUUCCAUCUCCGGACUCUUGAAAAGAAAAUUUAGCCAAGCAAACUUAUGGUCAGCAAGCGAAGUGUAAAGAGAGCCUUCACUCAGAAUCUCACGAGAUUGCCGAAAGUGGAAAGACUCCAAUAGUUUUCGCCUGGCGAACCCUUUCUUACCUAGUUUUGUAGAAAGUUUGCCCCCGUGGAUUUGCAAUGAAAGUCCUAGUAAGUGUGCUCACAUAGGUUUAACUCACCUUAGCAAACAGACGCAGUAAAGAAAUCACUCGAGCUCGUCCCGUUUCCACAAAUCAGGUGAGCUCAAUCCAACGCUUUCAUACCAAACAUUUUAAUCCAGUUAGACAACUCCUCACAAAUGGUAAUCGCAAUACCAAUAUCAAGCAAUCCCUAUAUUGCCUGCCAAAUUCACCACCAAAAUCUCAACCAAAUGGAGCUUAACAUGGCUCACUGACCUAACGGAAAGAUGCCCAAUAGAUGCACUUUUAACCAAGUCUAGGUUUUCUAAACUGCAUGCUUCUGCGCUCCACGUGUCGCUUUGCAUGUCUUCCCUCCCAACAAAGUAGCAUCAACUCAACACCUGUCUCCCAAAACCCUAACUCUUCCGCUAUAGCCCUUCAACACUUUUUGACUCACCCAGCCACUGAUUUCACGCAUCUUCACCUCCUUGAGCUCCUAAUAUCAUCCACUCAGAUCAAUGGCUGAUCGUCACUCCAGCCCAGCCCAAGUCCAGAGAGCCCCAAGACCCCCUGCCGCCGCUCCGGCCGCCAUCCCUGGCGGUGACUUCCUCCAGAAGCUCCACGAGAAUGCGCCGAACUCCGCCCAACUCCUAGGCUUCCUCAGCCUCCUCGUCUCUGGAGGCAUCUUGGUCCUCCUCACCGGCCUCACGGUGACCGGCAUCGUGAUUGGCCUGAUUCUGUUCACGCCUAUCAUCAUCAUCUCAAGCCCAAUAUGGGUCCCGCUCGGCGUGGCCCUGUUCGUGACGGCCGUGGGGUUGUUGUCCGUCUGCGGGUUCGGCAUCACGGCCUUGGCCGGAUUGUCGUGGCUGUACAGGUACUUCCGCGGGUUCCACCCGCCCGGGUCGGACCGGGCCGACUACGCGCGGAACCGGAUCUAUGACACGGCCCGCCACGUGAAGGACUAUGCCAGAGAGUAUGGUGGGUAUUUGCAUAGCAAGUUGAAAGAUGUGGCUCCCGGGGCAUGAGCACGUGAGGAGAGAGAGAGAGAGAGAGAGAGUGGGACUAUAUAUAUUUGGAAUUUGAUGGAGUGGCAAUCUUAGACUUUUGUUAUAGUUCAUUUCUAUCAUCACUUUUGCAUUUUCAGCUUCCUUAAGUUCGCUUUGGCUUUGGUGUUUGUACGAAUUUUUGUCCUCUUUUGAGGUUCUCUUCUCCUUUUCACUUUAUAUGGAAAUGCAUAAUGUUGGAUGAUGGUCCCACAAUUCGUGUAA